AUGGCGUCGUUCCUCUCUUUGCAGGACACCUUUCGCAAUCCGAGAGAAUGUCCUGUUUGCAAACAGGAAUUCAAUGGUGAAGAUCGUCGACCACGAAAUCUCCAGUGCUCACAUCAUCUCUGCACCUCUUGCAUUGACACAAUGCUCCGCAAUGGUGCCUCGUUUUGUCCCAUUUGCCGCGAAUAUGUCAGCGGCGUCUCAGCUAAGCAUUUCAAAAUUAACUAUGGCGUGGAGGAUUUCAUGAGGUUCCAGGAUUCGGCAGACAGUGGCAAGGGAUCCCAUCCCAUGUCAAAGAGGAUGGCACGAAUAACAAAGGAAUACAUAGAUGCCACAGAGCAACUGGUGAAUGACUGUGAGGACAGGGAAGGUCAGCUGAAAGACAGACUGAACAAGAUAACUCCGUUGGAGGAAGACUUGAACGCUGCCAUCGAGACUGUGGAGAGCGAAUUAAGGGCCAAGCUCCAGGUGCUCGUCCACAUAAACAAAAUGGCCAUCCAAGAGUUGGGGAGGGAGAGUAAUAGAAUUCGCAGCCAAAUUUUGGAAUCAGAAAAUAAACGGAAGGAAUUACAGGUCGUGUCUGAAGAACUUGAAUAA